AUGAUGAAAGAGGAGAUGAAUGAGGAGCCGAUUUCGAUUUGGAGAUUCCUUAGCCCACGUAACGAGCAGGUCGUCAGCUCACUGUACGACAAGGCAAUCGUUGGAAGAAUCACCUUUGAUACGGAAAUGAGCACGUUGCGGGAAUGGAUCGAAGUGUAUCGAGAUCGAGCCUUUGACGACGAUGCGGUCCCCUCGUAUCCGUCCCGAGUCAUUCCGAUUCCGCCACCAUUGAAGGAUCCAAACAGUAAUGCUGUACCAGUAAUCAACCCACCAACACCGCUCCAGAAAAGCAAAAGCAGUGAAAGCAUCAAUUCAGCUACGAGCGUGGACGCGGCAAACAUUAGUGGAAUUUCACUAAUGAGUCAUUCUGGAUCGAAUGGAACGAUCAAUAUAGGCGCCUCGUCUCCUGAACAUACACUUAUGGAUACGUCGUUAAUCAAUCUGGGCGAUUUUUCGGCCCCGCCAUCUCUUCCGUCAAACAGGCGAGACGGUUCCACUGUGGUUGUUGGUUCACCUCUCCAUCCAUGGAAAAGUAUUCAAGAAUGUCAAGACAAGGAUGGUUUAAUAAAGUUUUUCGAUCCAAUUGAAGAACGACAACGUAUCAUUAAUAGGGCACAUCAGCUGGAAUUGGAGCGACAUCAAAUAGAUCAGAUGAAACGUAACAGAAGUUUCUCGGAACGUAUGAAUUUUGGUGGUGGUACUACAUGUAGAGAUGCAGCUGGUAGAAUGGUGAGUAUUAAUUUCGCCUAG